GUAAAUAAUUUAAAAGUGAAUUAUAACGGUUAUUUAAUUGAUCUUUUUGAUCUUAGUAAUUUAAAUAAUUUAAAACUUCCAGAAAAAAAUGAACUCGAAGAAGAUAAAGGAGACUGCAGACUUAGAUUCUAUCUUAAUAAUUCAACGGAUCCUUUAUCCAAGCAGGAUGCGAUUGCUAUCACUUGGC